CCCCGGGAUGGUCUGGAGGGGAUAUACGUUGUUGACUAACAUUAUUGAGCAGACUACUUGAUUUUGUGCUCUUGGGGAUAUUCAUUAUUAGCCUGGUGAAGCAGCGAGGCCCACUUCCACCACAACCAGGCGUAUAUGCCUCGGCCCCAGUCUAUGCGCCGCCUCCGGUACGUCCAACAUCUUCCUCUAACCCCAGACUUCCCGAGGUUUCGUGUCUAAUAUUAUCGCAGCACUUCAUGCCACAGCCGCCUGUUCAGCAGGUCCAGCCUCAUUACUCCUACGGACAUUAUCAGUACCAAGCCGUCCCGACUGUGCCCGCCACAGACCAGAAGCCCCCGGCCCAGACACAGACAUCACCGGCCAAGCAAAGCUACAACGCCCAAAACCGCAUUGACGUGAUACGCCGUCUCUGCGCCCUACAGCAUCCCGAUGGGCACUGGGACCACUCCCCCGAGUUGGCGGAGCUCGUCAGGUUUUGGGGCGGGCGCGAGGUCAUGGCGCCCGCCCACGGCGUGACUGCGCUCACCCACGCCUGUCUGAUGGAUCUUUGCAACUUCGUCUGGACCGCACAGCGCGAGGGGAGAGAGCAGCAAAUGCUCAGCUCGCCCGAGCUGAUUAGUCUGCAGAGCAUCAACUGGGACUUGGGGUGGGCCAAAAACGCGUUGGACCGCGCAGGUGUUUGGAUGGGGAUGGGCGUGGCGGCUGGAGGGUACAGUAGGUAAGGGGUUGGCGGUUACAGGUAGCGAUUCACGGGAUAUUUUGGGCUAUCAGUGGGUUCUCUGGGGGGCACUGGAAAUUCGGGUUUGUCUCCGCAGGCGUUUUCGGAUGGGUCUUCUCUUUUGA